AUGUGUGCAUCUGUGCUGAGUUCAUGGUAUAAGCUGCUGCUGGGCGUGAAGCAGCUCGGAGGAAUGCGAGGCGUGUUCGGAAACCAGGAAACCAGAAACUCCUUCAGCGCUGAGAACAUUCCUGAGAUCGCUGCAAUAUUUGCAGGAUGGUGUAGCUGCAGCGGACACGCCCACGAGGCAAACUCCUGUCAGGGGAAGCAGCAGCCUGUCAGUCGGCAGCAGGAACCCGCAGAGGAACAGCGUGAACAGAUUCCAGAUUUACAAAGAAACAAAGACGACUUUCCUGCUUCUCUGGAAAACCUGCGACAGCUGAUAAAAGACAAAGUUCACAUCUUACAGUCGCCUGUCGCUGAAGAACAGCAGGGUUUGGUGUUUGAGGACAGCACAGGAAGUGAAGGACUGUGGAGGUUUGCAGUUCUCAGUAAGGAGUUGACGUUUCACCUCCAACAGCUGCAGAAACAAACAGAGCAGGAGCUCAGCAGCAUCCAGACACAACUCUUUCAGAAUAAAAGCCGCCAGCAGCUGCUGACCACUGAACUGUUUGAUCUUCAGCAGAAGAAGAAGCAAACAGAAGAAGAGCUAAAGAGAAACUUCUGCCUUCAGACGUCCACUUUUGAACUGUGCGCUUGCCGGGAGCUUCAGGCCUCCAUCAGCGAGCGUUUGGUCCAAUCAGAGAGACUCUCGUUCCAGGAGGACGCACUGAGCGCGCUCCGUGACCUUCUGACCCAAGACCUGCACAGGUACCAGGAAGAGACGCAGAGACUCACCGGUUUCACGCUGAAAGUGCUCGGAAGAAGAUCAGACGGAGAGGAAAGCUUCAGCAUCAGGAUAACUGACAAUAGCAUGCAGGGAAAGAACGAGACCGAGCAGCAAAACAACAUGGAGUCAGAAUUCGAUUCGAACAAGCAUCCAGACAGUCCAUCAGAGGAGGAACCCUCCACACCCAAAGCCACCACCACCACCCAGAACCCCAGAUACCAGCUGUUCCUCAACAACGAGCUGAAGACCAACGGGCUGAGCAGCAGGGAGGCAGACAGUCCUGGAAUCGGCGGGUCGGUCGGGGAGAACGGACCCAGACUCGCCCGAUGGGAGACCGCCCGGCUGGGGAGCAACCACUACAAAGGAUCCCUGGAGUCUCUGGCCUCCCGGGACUGGGACACCAUGUCUGACAAGGUGGGUGUCAUCGACAGUCCAUCCAGAGUGUUCAACAGUCCGUACGCUACACCCACCUCCUUGGAGUACAACCCCAUGCACCGCAUGUCCGAGUUCAAGGGUGGACUUUCUCCGGCCACCUCAGAGAUGAACAUUUACGGCUUCAACAGUCGCAGCACCAGUCCGGUACCGAGCACCAACCUGGCCCGGCCCCGCUUCUCCACCUACGACACCUUAGUGAGGAGGAGAGUGGAGGGCAACACCACCGUGGUUCCCACCCACUACAGCCUACGCUCCAACACUCUGGGGCCACCAAACAAGAAGGACUUCAUAGAAGAACUGACCAAGCAGCUGGACGUCUGCCAGAAGCGCAACCAGUUCCUGGAGGCUGAGAGUGUGGAGAUGGAGAAGGAGAGGAACCAGAUCAGGUUUGAGAUGCGAGGCCUGCUGGUGAACAACGAGGACCUUCUGAGGACCAACGCUCAGCUAAACAACGAGAUGAAGAGGCUGAGAGAGCAGAUGAUAGAGAUGGACAGAGAGAACCAGGCCAUGAGGGAGAGAUGCAGGGAGAUGGAGAUCGAAGUGAAACAGGCCCGAGACAUGAUGGUGGAGGCCAACACUCAGGAGUACGCCUUCAACUUCCUGCAGCAGUCGCUCAAAAACAAGAUCCAGGAUGCAGAGGAAAACCUGGAGAAGCAAACGCAGCACUCCAAGUCUCUGGCUGAGAAACUGUGGCUGGCCGAGAGACAACUGGAGGAGCUGGAGGUCGACAAAGACACCAAAGACAAGAAGACGUCAGAGCUGACGUCCACCAUCAUCAGACUGGAGACGGAGCUGAGUGAAGCCCUGCAGAUCUCCACUCAGGCCGCUGCAGAACUCAACCUGCACCAGAAACUGCGAGACGACGCCCAGCUGAGGGUGGAGGAGCUGGAGGAGACGCUGCUGGAGAAGGACCAGGAGCUGCAGAAGCUGCAGAUCAGCAUCAGCAGACUGCAGGGAGAGGUCUCUGGUAAGCUGAUCGACACUGAGCGGACUCUGGAGGACGAGAUCCAGAUGAGGGAGCGUCUCCAGCUGCAGUGUAAACAGGCCGAGAGGACGGUGGACGACCUGACCAUGGAGCUGCAGACCGUCAACCAGGCCAAAGAAGACACGGCCAAGCAGCUCAAACUGGCACAGGAGAAGAUGAUCGACCUGGAGAGCGACCUGGAGGAGCUUCACGACAGCGAGCAGAGGUGGGCGGCCAAACACAAGAGAGCCAUCGAACAGACUGAGCAGCUGCAGCUGAAGGUGAUCCAGGAGAAAGAUCUGAACGACCAGGUGGAAAUGGAGAAGAUUUCCUUGGAGAGACAGCUGCGUGAGCUGCGUCUGGAGGUGGACGAGCUGCAGAGCUCCAGAGUUCAGGAGGACGUCAUCUCCAGGGCGGAGAGCAGGAUGAAGGAGCUGGAGAACGUUCUGAGGACCGAGGAGAGAAACAAAUUGACUCUGACCAACACCAUCAGUAAGCUGGAGAGGAGGAUCAACGAGCUGACGGACCAGAUGGAGGAGGAGCACCGGAUAGCCACCGAGCAGAAAGACCUGAUGACCCAGAGGAUCCGCACCCUGAAGCGGCAGGUGAACGAGGCCGAGGAGGAGGCGAGCAGGAAGGAGGCUCAGUACCGCCACACCCACCGAGAGCUGGCCGAGGAGAGGGAGAACAACAGCCGACUGCAGAGACAGCUGCUGGACCAACACCUGCAGAACAAGCGUAAAGAGACGCUGACAAUCCGUCAGACUCUGGACAACCUGAGGCUGGACCUGAGCGUGGACGAUGAAGAUGAAGAUCAGCAGCCGAAAGAACAAACGAGCAGCGUCACCAAAGUGUAAACUCCUCCCAGUAGAAAACAACUACCUGUAAAUACAUAGAGAUUUUUUAAAAACACAUAAACCAGGCGAUUUUAGUUGUUCUUUUAAGCUAAAAAAAAUAACAUCCCAAACCACCAGGACUGUGACUUUACUUUGAGCUAGAAGCUGUAAAGUUUCAUUAUUUUACUGUGGAUGCAAUUUCCCAAGAAAAAUGAACGGAAUAUGGUGCUAAGUUGUGGAAAACCCAUGAUGCUUCACGUUAAAUCUCUCACCAUUAACUGGAUGGUUGACAGUUAGAUCAUAUCUAUUUGUAGGAUUUUAAACCAUAUUUCCAGAAUUUAGCAGGAAAUUUCAGCAUUAUCCUGCUUGUCGCCCUCUACUGGUGAUCAUAAGGAACUACAACUCGAACCUCUUAAAAAAACGGUGUAGAAGGAAGCUCCUGGUGGACUCAAAACCUCGGCUAAAAACACAACCAUGAUCUUAUUUUGACAAAGAGCAUCGAUACACAGAAUUUUGAUGCCCAGAAACAUUGAAAAAAGUCUUGUUGGUGACAGCAAUGAUGUGAUUUAAGGUUUCUUGUUGGUUUUUAAUCUGUUGAAAAAGCAUCAUUCAGUUGCACAAAAGCUGCUCGUGGCCUUAAAGUCUCCGUUUUAUUCAGAAAACAAAGUGAAUCCCUGAAUCCUGUAAAUUCAGCAGACUUCUGCGAUGUCUCACUUUGUAUUUACCGACUCUUUGCUCUCAGUUCUUUCAUGAGGAGGGAUUUUUCUGUGUUGGAACAUCUGCAGUAUUUGGUUAUUUCGCGCUUACAGGGUAAUGAAACCCAACAAAAAGUAGAACUGUGGGAAAACUGAGGGAUCUUUGUAAAUGAUUGUAGCUGUUUUUGAUUCACACUUAGACACGAUAAAGAGAUUAUUUAUAUUGGAUGCAUUGUUUUGUGUGUGUUUGUUUAUGCUGUUUGAUUUGAAGAUUAUUGACUUUGCUGUAUUUUUAGUUGCUUGUGGGGAAACUUUUUAACUUUAGAGAAUGAAAUAUUGGAUGAUUUUACAGUUCAGUUUCAGGUAUUUUAGGUGUUUUUUGCUGCUGUGCCUCCCACAUACAGUAUAAGAAAAAAGGAAGAAAAUGUCACAUUACACUUUCUGUUUUCAACAUCCAGUCCGAAAAAAACCAAACUGAAGGCACCUUAAACACAUUCAGGACCGACUAAAGGUUAAAUGUUUACUCAAAAACCUGGUUAUAAAUGGGAUUUCAGAAAUACAGACUAAAUGUACAGAAGCUUGUUGCAUUCACAAAAGGACGGUGAUUACCAGAUACUGUAAUUAUGAAAUCUUUCCUGAGAAGUUUCAGGUUUUAAAUCUAAAUAAAUACAAGUGAAUGGGGUCAAAUUUGAACUAGUAUCACCAGUAAACUUCCCCAGUUGAUUGUUUUUACAAUAAGACAAAAUUGUUUUCAGUUUACAUAUGCAAAAUAGGUAUAUGUCUAAAAUUGGAAUAGUUUGCAUUAAUUUCCAGAACAGAUCUGAAAAUGUGAACAUUUUUUGUUUCAUUUUGUUGCUAUAUUAGAGUCAAAUGUUUUCACAGAGAGGAUUUUAGUUAUCUCUUUUUAUCACUCUACAAAUCAGAAAAUAAAUGUGUGAACUGUAACAAAAAUAUCAAAUUUUGACCACAUUUUAAAGUAACAAAAAGGCCAGGACUAAUGCAGGAGCAAAUCCAUUUGUAUUUAGUUUAUAGAUGGGAAUAGAAGAGGAAAGUUGUAUGUAAGUGCUACUGAAGGGGAGAUUUCUUGCUGAGAGUUUAAGAAAAACAAGUAGAAACCUCUGGCAGAACCAGGCUCAGGGAGGGCAGACAGGUUGGGGUGAGGUUAGAGAGAAAAGUCAUCAUUUCUACCACAUUAGUCUGUUUUUCAUCUUAAUUAUCAGAUAGUUAAGUCAUAAUUACAAGAUAAAUUCUCCAAUUUGACUCUUCCUUUGUGAAUGCAAUGCAACUCUGAACAUUUGUUCCGUUUAUUUAUUGUAAAAUCUGUUUAAUGUUCUUCAUCGUCUUAUAGUUUUGUUAAGAACUGAUUCGUUAAAUUCAUGAUUCUUUCUCCAAUAUUGGUAAUAUCUUUCAUUUGAAAAAGACUCACUUCCUCCUUCUGAUUGAACUCAGUCUUUUUCUAACGGUCUUCUACAUGUUAGCUGCUUGAAGGACGUCUGUUGGAAACAUUUAAAGCUGAAAAUAUUCACCUGCCGUUUGAAUUCUCUGUCAUGUUUACAUUCGUUUAGUUUUUUUUUUAAAGUGGAGCACAAAUCACGUUUUCUCUAGGAAAUCGUGUCAGAGCUCAGCUGUAAUUGCUGCACCGCAUCACUGGUGUUUUUUUCUCUUUUUUUGCUUGAUUUUUUUCUCAUAACAGAAUGAUGGUAUCUGCAGAAAUGUAUAAAAAGAAGUAUCAUACACAGACUUAUUUUUGUAACUACACUUUUACUUCUUUCUGGUUCUGCUGUUCUUGGGUAUUUAUUUUUAUGUUUCACAGUCUCUCUGUUUUGGUGAGAAGUUUCUUAGAACAAAAUACAAAUAAAUUCUUCUCCACUGUGAAUUUGA